AUUCAAUAUGUACACAGAUUAUAUAAUAUUGUAUUAUAUUUAUUAAUUAAUAAUCAUAUUAAUAUCAACUUUUAGUUUUAUUCAUAUUAAUAAUUGUUAAUAUAAAAUUUUCAUUUUAACAAAUAUUUUAGCCAAGUAGUAAAUUCAUAAGUUAUUGACUGUAUUAUUUCUAAUGUUUUAUUAUUGAAUAAUAGCUAUUGUUAAAGCAACAAUUUUUUUAGUUAACUAUUUAAAAUUAUAAAUUAGAAGUAUUUAUUAAUUUGAGAAAAAAACCAUGGAAAUAAGUUCAAAAUUGAAAAUGACCAUUCCAGAAAAAGAAACAACUGACAUUUCUGACUUUAUAAAUGGUGAGCAAGGAAAUUUUUCAGAACCUCCUGCAACAGCUUUGAAUAUUGAUCUGGUGGAUAGUGAACAAAAUAGUAACAAUGAAAUUUCUCAGUUUGUACAUGAAGAUGAUCCACCUCAAUUUAUAAAAGAAGAUCAACAUUCUUUACCUGUUAUUGAAGAUAAACCAGAACAAUCUUAUCAAGAUAUUUUAGGUUCUGGUGAUUUAAUGAAAAAAAUUAUCAAACCUGGUACAUUAGAUGAACGUCCAACAAAAGGAGAACAAAUUGUGAUAAAUUUAGUUGGCCGUCUCCAAGAAAACAAUGAUAUCAUUGAAGAAGAAGAAAAUUUAGAAAUUACUCUUGGAGACUGUGAAGUAUUAUACUUGAAAUGAUUAAUAAAUAUGUAUAAAUAAUAAAAUUCAUUAAUUUUAGGUUAUACAAGGUGUUCAUUUAGCUUUAAGCCUAAUGAAUGAAGGGGAAAUAGCUGAAUUACAAAUAGCAUCAAGGUUUGGUUAUGGUGAAAAAGGAUUGAUACCUAAAGUUCCAAGUGGAGCUAAAUUAGUUUAUACUGUGGAACUAGUAGCUAUAAAACCUGAAAUAGUUCCAGAUGAACUUACUUCAACUGAAAGACUAAAAAUUGGGUUUGUAUAUUUGUAUUCUUGUUACUUUCAAAUUAAAAAAUGUUUUAAUUUAUAAAACCAUUACUUAAAUAAUAUUUGUCAUAAUAUGUAAAUCUAUUAGUUCUUAAUAGGUAUAAGUUCAGUAAGUUUUUUUUAGUUUUCAUAACUUUUUGGGUUAGAUUUUGUUCUUAUCUUGAAUUUGCAAGUAUUUUUAUCUAAUUUAAAUUUUAUAAAUUUAUACUAGAUUUUAAUUAAUAGUUUUUGGAAAUACGAGACCUGCAUCAGUAAAUAAUAAUAAUAACAAUAAUUAAUCAUUUGAUAUUCUUUAAACCAAGUACAAGUAGAUUACUUUAAACAAUUUAUAAUGACACUUAGUUGUAUUAAUUCUUUGUUAUUUAAAUUAAAUUAUUAAUUAUAUUUUAGACAAAAAAAAAAGGAUAAAGGAAAUUGGUGGUAUGCUCGCAAUGAAUACUCUAUGGCUUUGCAUUUGUAUCGUAAAGCUCUUCAAUAUUUUGGUGGACCCGGAGAAAAAGUAUGAUAAUGUUUUACAUAAUUAUAGUUACUUACGUUUAAAACUCCUACACUAAUAAGUAUCAACUAUAUUGGGUUGCAAUAACUAUCAAAAAUAUUAAUCCACUUACCGUUUAAAUGCAUUUUGUUGUCUCAAAGUAAAAGUUAUCAUGAUUUGAUACAUUUUUUUUGUUAUUUUUUUAAGUAGACAUUUUCAAUUUAUUCCUGUGACCAAUAUGUAGUUUUUCACAGCAAAUCAAAGGUUUUUCGAGUUAAAUUAUUAUGAUGAGCUUGCAAAGCAAUUAUUAACUUGAUAAGCUGGGAACCACUCAGUUUUACUGAAUUUUCCUAUUUCAAAUUUUGAGCGAAGCAAAGAAUGUAUUGGUUUUACAAUGUUUAUUUAUUUAUUUUUUAUAUUGGGUACAAAAUUUGUACCAGAAAUGUUGAUUCAGUUUUCAAGUGUAGCACCUUUUUCAAAAGUAAAUUUGUAUAAUUAAAUUUAGUUAGUACUUUAAAAGGUCAUAUUUUUGUUUUUUCAAGCAGUUAUUAAUAAUAAUUGUGAAUAAAAAAACAGAGAAAACAAGAAAAUAUAUGAUAAUAAUUCGUUUAUUAUUUUCAAUUUGAUUUUUUGUUGUAUUUAUAAAUAAUAAUAUUAGUGGAGAUUUGAAAUUUGGUUAAAAAACAUAUUUGCCUCUUCUAAAAAUGGUAAAAUUUUUAAAACAUUUGAGCCAUUUAUAGACAUUUAUAGACAUUUUAAUUUGGAGUUUUGUAUGCAAUUUUUAUUCAGAAAGUACUCUGUGGAUAAAAUUAUUAGAACAAACAGGAAUAUUUUGAAAACUGAAUAGGAGAUUAGUUUAUUAUAAGUUGAACUUAGUAGUCAACAUGAAAAAAUUGAGUUUAAUGUAGUAUUAUUUUCUGAAACAUAUGUAUUAAAACGUGUUAAAAAUGAUGGUGUUAAAAUUUUUUUUGAAAAUCAUUAGUUUUGAAGUUUGGAUAUUACGUUAUAUUAAAUAACUCUCAAUAUUGCAAAGUUAUUUAGUAUAUCGAUCAUAGUCUAAUGCUAAUCUGUACCUGUUGUCAUCCUAGAGAUCAUAAGUUCAAAAUACCAAUAAUGGAUAAUUUUUUUCCAAUAUUUUACAUUUAUUUAUUGCUUUAAUAUGUAAAAAAAAAAAAUUCAAAAUUUCUUUUAAUUUGUUAGCAAAACCACAUAAAAUACAUUUUGUGUGUAUCUAAAGUCCCUUUAAGGUCACUUGCUCAGACAAAAAAAAUGCAAAAUGUCAAGAAGUUGCUAAACUAGAUUUAUACUCUUUUUGUGUAAAAAUUUUAAUAUCAAAUUUUGACAAAAAUUUUAAAUAUUAUGGCCUUUUAUACCUUAUAUAAUUGAACUCUGCUCAGAAUCGUUUUUCGUUAGCAAUGAUUAAUCAUUUGAUACAGAUAUACAUUGAAUUCCCCUCUAUAUCCUACUUUUCCAACUUCCAUCUACAACAGUGGCCCACCUAUCAUAAAAAGUAUGUUGGUCUUUAUACAUUCUCAGUUAUUAAUUAUUACCUUCCGUAGUUCUACUUUUUAUAUCUUUUACAUCUUUCAAAUAAAAUACUAAACAUUUCUUCUCCGCACGCCCAGGGAUUAUUUUACUGAAAUUAAUUCAAUAAUUAUCCAUCAUAUUUGUAUUCAAUUUUGGAUAGCAAACUAUUUUAUAUAUUAAGACUAUAUAAGUCAAAAACAUUAUUUAUUAUUAUAUUUUUAACAUUUAUUUAGGUAAUUAAAUUCACAUUAUCUAAAUUGAACCACUACCAUUUUGUUAUUUUAUGGCAUUAGCAAACAUUAAUAAAUCUUAGAAUUUUUUAGAAUAUAUUUCUUAAAUAUUUAUUUGGAAAAAUAUAAUGAAUUAGUCAAACAAUUUUACUCUAUUUUUUUUAUUUACAGAUAGUUUCUGAUACAGAUGAAAGUAAUAUUCUAAGAGAACGUAUCAAAACGUUAAAUAAUAUGGCAGCUGUACACAUUUCUAUGAAUAAUUUAGGUUUAGCAUUAGAAACUCUUGAAAAUGUAUUAAAUGUUGAACCUAAUAACGAAAAAGGAAUUAUGCGUAAGGGUAAAGUAUUAGCUCUAAAAGGACAAAAUGCAGCUGCAGCACGUGAGUUACAAAAAGCAUUGAAAAUAAAUCCUAAUGAUAAAACUGUUCAGAAUCUACUAAGUAGUGUUGAAGCAGCAUUAGUGAAAGAAAGAGCACAAGAAAGAGAAUUGUAUAAAAAAAUGUUGGGACAAAAUGAUGCUAGUGGAAAACCAGCAAAGGACACAAACAAAUUGGUAAAUAUUGUUUAAAUGUAUUUAAAUAUUUUUAAAACAAAAAUUCAAUACAUUUUAUUAUUUUACUUCAUUAUAAAAAUUGUGUAUAAGGAAAAGUGAAGUGCAUAGUAGUUAUAUUUAAAUUUGUGUUUUGUUUAAGAAUUCAUUAAUAAUAAUCAGUGGACUUGUUGCUGGAUUAGCAGUUGUAGGUGGUUACUGUUACCUCAACAACAACUUUCCUUUCAAUAAAUUCAGUGCAUUAUAGUCUUGUUAAUACCAAUUUUUUAUUUGUACUCUAUUUAUGCUGUACUUAUAUUCACUAAUUUUAUUGAUUAUUAUUUAUAAAAUUAAUUGGUUUGAAUUUUUUUGAUUGAUUAAAAUAUAUUUUUUAUGGUUAAUAUGAUUUGCGUGCUUUGUUUAAUUUUUAAUAGGUUUUCAGGGCCCAUGUUUUAAGAAAAUUAUAUUUUGUAAAUACUAAAUAUUGUCUGUGUAUUUAUGUGUAUUUUCUAUUUUUUAAUUAUUAUUUAAAAACCAUCUGUAUAUUUCUUUAAGUUUUUAUGAGUCAAUAUUAGUCAAAUGUGUGUUAUUUAAAAUUAUAAAAUAAUUAAACCAUAAGACAAUUUUUGUAAGUCGAUUUUUGAAAUAUUUAAAUAAUAGCAUUUACUAUUUGUAUAUUUGUGUCAUACAGAACUAACCAAUUUUGUACUUUGGAUGAUAAAACUCAACAAAAAAUUAAGAGUAAAUUGUUUAGACUGGAUAAUUCAGACUGAGGUUUUAUUUUGUAAACAAAUGAAAAAAAAGUAAUAAAUAAACAAUUUAUUAAAAUUAUAUAAUUAAUAAAGGUGCAUAAUGUAAAAACAAUUAAAGUAUUUUAGCGAUUUAGCUAUAGGACUGGUAAGAUCCUGUAAGGCAGUGAUUCUCAACUGAGGGUCAAGAAAUAUUUAUUUUAUUUAAACUAUUUUAUUAUUUUUGUCUCAAAAUUAAAUGUAGUCGGUUAUAAAGAUCAGUUUAAAUAAAUAUAAUUGGGUAAAAAUUACAUUUUCUAUUUAUUGAAAAAAAGAACAAUUUUUUGAAAUUAGAGAAGACUUGACUCUUGAAACAAAAUUUAAUGAGACAGAACUGAAUUUUGAUUAAAACGACAGCAACAAUAUCCAUUAAUUUCAAAAGCGGAUUUACUUAUAUUAAUUCAGUUUGCAUUGACAUAAUUCUGUGAAACACCAUUUUCAUAACCACAAAUAAUAAAAAACAAACUUUAUGCCUUUCACAAUUCUUUAGAAGCUAACUAACCAGACAUAAAUAUUAUGCAAAAGUAGACACCCGUCACAUUAUUAAUUAUCAACAUUUGUACUGAAUAUUUUUAUUUAAUUUUAUAUUUAUUACCAAUUUGUAUUUAUAGAUAUUUAUAGUUUAAUACUAUCAUAAAGAUUUUCAAAAGUAUAUCAAAAAACAUUAAUUUAGUAUAUAAUUAAGAAAAAAUAAUUAAUGAUUUUGAUUAAAGAGGCCUUGACAAUUUUACAUCAAAUUUAGGGGGUCCCAUAAGAAAAAAUGUUGAGAAGCACUGCUGUAAGGAUACUGAAUCAAAGUAUUUUAAUAUCAAAAUUUAAAACAACUAUAUUAAAUUGUAUAUUCAUAUACCAUUAUAAGUCAUUUACCUAUAUUUGAUAUAUUACAGUAUUAUACUUAAUAAUAAUCUACACAAUUAUAAUUAAUUUAAAAUACAGAUAAUAAAAUCAAACUGAAAUCUGUUUAUUACACCAUUAUAAAAUUUUUAAA